UUAUAUGACGGCCCAGCCUCAUUGCAGGUGGGCUUUUGACUUGAAAAGUCAAAUGGAUUUUGAUCACUUUGUCGGCCUUUGUGGCCGGUCGCUUUUUGCGGAUGAGUAUUUGGGAGACUUGGAUGCUGCUGGAGACUAUUUGCAGCAGACGAAACCCCAGAUAUCCGUGGUGGACCCCGUUGUCUACGCCGAACACCUUCGUUGUUCGGCCAUACAUUCAGUACUUAUCGGCAGACCAGCAGAUGCAUAUGAGAGCCUCCACGUCUUGGAAAGUCUUCUCGAUCAAAUACCCAAGGAAUGGGGGAUGCGAUAUACCAACUACAAAGCAUUGACUGACUACAGCCGCCGCUUUCCCCCUCUAUUACACUACUAUCAUGAAAAUGGGAAACCAGUCAACAUUUCCAUGCUGGGCGACAUCAGCGGUCCGUUUGACAUCACAGAGAGCUUCAUGAGCAAUUUUCGCACGCAUCUACCUCACAGCGUACCCCGCGACCAAGCAUUGAGUCCGAUCUUGAAUGCUGUGAUCGGAUUCCCGAUGCGAGCACGGAACCUGGCCAACAGAUUGCACCCUCUGAGCCCUAUAGCCCGGGUGGUUACCUCGAGAGAGGAAAUAGUCCCCGAAGUCGUGGAGGCUGCAGAAGUUUUCCUCAAUCUUCGCGAUAAGGCUGAUUCAUACGGGGCGACCGGAAUGGGUACAUACAUGUUCCGACUAGUGGUGGAAUUGCAUCUGAAAGGCCAGAGUCCUCGCUCAGCCACACUCUUGCAGGAACUGUACGAAAGAUGCGAAAGACUUGAAGAUUACGCGGGGAUGGCCAACACCAAAUUGCUGGAAGCGGACAGUUUGAUCAGUCCUCCGUUUGCCAGCCCCGUCACGCUGAACCUGGUGCUUGUCGACGUGACCAGCAGCACUCCUAGCGAUACUCUUUGGGAUCCGAUCGAAUCAGACCUCCCAUGGGAAUAUGGACCCCAGGUUCAAGGGCUUUACGAGUCUGCAUUCGAGCUCUUCCAAAAGGCGAAUAGCAAGCGCGGCCAGGCGGCCGUUUUACUUCGACAAGGCUGUUGUCUCCAUAGUCAAGCCCGUCGGGAACGGCUCUUACAUAAAGAGGUGCUCGAUAUACUCGGAGAGUCCGAACUUAAACUACAAGAAUCUCGCAGAUUGUUUGGAAAAGAUGAAGGGAAUGCUCAACUGGUCAAGGCACACUUGAUUUUGACCGGAAUCACGAGAGGCAACCCGAGUAAUAAUAUUAGGGCGAUCGCGAGGUCAAUUGGCACAUGGGGCGUUGAAGCGAAAAACGAGAACAUGGCCCAUUUUAUUGGCAUGCUCCUAUCUAGAUACGGCCAUCAAGAAUGGUUCAGAUUUUCAAACAUGGACACCGCACUGCUUGCGUUUGAGUGUGCAUACGAAGUGUUCGAGCCACUAGGUGACAUGAUACCCUUGUUUCAAUCCGUGGUAUCCCGAGCGUGUGUACAACACGACAUGUUCAACGCCGAUGCAUCUCAGAUCUUCAUCGAGCAAGCGAUAUCCAUGGUUGAGAGGCUUUCCGAGUUUAUGGAUUCCAAGAUUCAAUCCGCGCCGGACACGCCUUUGGGUCAGAUGGACCGGAAGAAUCUGAUGACGAGCAAGUUCAACAUACUAUCAACAUUCGGCAAAGACGUCAAUCAUAUUUUCCUCCGGAGUGAAAACAUUGAGCAAUUUGAAGAAUGGAUCGACAAACUCCGUUCCUGGUUCGAGAAUGAUGAGAGCUUCCGCUCGGCCCGUGAAAGUAUGGAAACUGAGGAGCUGGCGAAAUUGACUCAACCCGGUCUUUCCAUACCUCUGAACAAAGUGAAGGGUCUGUGGCAAAGAACUUUGGCCGAUGAUGCAGCCACAGUGAGAUUCGCCUCUGCAAAUCUCAGCUUCCGUCGACUGAUGGACGAAGGCGACAUCGUGAAGGCCGAGGAGAGGCUUCGCCAGUUUGUGGACGAUGCCGCGGAUCUAGAAAAUGGGUAUUGCAGAGAUCUCUCUCGUAUUCUGGCCUGUGACCGCAUAGGUGACUCGGCGAGAGCCCGUGAAAUAUUUGACUCCAUCGAUGACAAUGACUUAUUCAACGAUAAACUCGCCGAGUUUCAACAAGGCAUUGGCGUUCGAACUAUAUUUUCCUCGACUGCCUCGAACGCACUCAUCUUUGCUAUAAUAUCUGGCGACAAGGAACGAGCCCGUCGAGUGAUUGAUAUCAUCAUCGGUAUCUCGCCUUCUUAUUUUGAAAAGAUGAAUGAGAGUGCGCUUGAUUUUGCCCAACGAAUCAGUUACUAUGCGCAUAUCAUGAGAGAUGAGAAGCCUGAAAUCUGCUUUGCCAAGCUACUCGAGGCCCGCCAAAUUGUUGAGACCCGUCGAGUUCAGACGAAAGACUUGGAUGCUCGCAUGGGCAGUUCCAGCCAGAGCUGGAGUGCGGAGAUGUUUAUGGAUCUCGCGCGUCUUUGUUUCAAGUGGGACGACGCGGGGGUUCCAGUAAGCUUCAUAUCGACAUUCAAGCACGGUCAUUUCGACAAUAUUUCCUGGUCUGAACAUGCCCUACUAUUUAUCGAGAUGAGUCGAGCAAGGGCAGUACUCGAGACUUUACAGUCGCAAACCAAUCAAGCCCCUGGAACGCCCAGAGUUCCUGAUACCGCCCCUCUUUCGGAAGCCGUUCACAAACGACGCCUUUUACGAUCGCUACUUGCUUUGAGGAACUUGAGCCCAGAGCAGGAAGAGGAGGUUUCGCAGCUGCGCAAGGAUAUUGAUGAGUUAGAAACAGAUGGAAACCUCUCGAAUGCGACGAGUUUCAUUGAGACCGUCAAUUCCACCAUCGAGCCAAAGCUCUUGUACCGCAGCAUCGAUGACAAUGCCGUUGUGAUCGAGACCAAUUUUAGUCCUCGUGGAUUCAUUUCAUUCGCAGUGACUCGAGAUGGCAUUCAAAAGAUACACCAAGGACCGACCAACGUCGUUGGUAUGCGGAGACCUGUGAUGAAAGUAUUGCAUCUCAUGCGAAACAUGACUGGAUACAUUGAAGAGGAAGAAGAGGCACGCAAAACAGCUCUUAACGAACUGUCCCAAGAAAUUUCUGCCUUGUUACUGGCACCAUUCGCAGAAAUCAUCCGCAGCAAGUCGCACGUUAUUUUUUCCACGUCGGAUCCUAUGACGGCCUUCCCAUUUGCAAGCCUCGUGUUUGAUGGAAAGCCACUCAUCAUGCACGCCGCGGUCUCGCAAGUACCCAGCUUGGCCGUACUGCAUUAUCUCUCCCAAAGAAAGUCAGCAUCCAUGACCCCAACGGUAUCGGUGCUUGCCAAAUCGCCCACUGAAGCUCCACCCGAGGAUGCGACCCGAAGCAACAAAGAGGUCAACCUCCACAUGGCAGGAAUCGAAGCUGUCAACAUCGCCCGCAUGUUUGCAACAUGGCCGAUCGAGGCAUCCAACAUGACCCGAGAAGACUUCCGAGAGUACAUCAAAGGCGGCUCGUUGAUUAUGCACAUCGGAACGCAUGGCGAUGUCAACCAUCGGAAUCCUCUGCUUUCGUCCAUUUCGAUCGGCAACGGCCAAGAAUUCCGAGUGAUCGACAUGUCUGCCAUUCGUAGUAGCGUCCAUCUCAUCGUCUUCGCAGCGUGUCUCAGUGGACUCGGCAAAUCGACUUUUGGUAGUGAAGUCCUAGGAUUCUCCCACGUCGUAUUGAGUACUGGCUGUCAGGCAUACAUUGGCUCUCUGUGGAAAGUGAGCGACUUUGGGUCCAUGUUGAUCAUGACGCUAUUCUAUCGCCAUUUGAGUAACAUGCCACACCUUCCCGUGGCAGAGCUAAUGAGAAAGGCCCAGAUGGAUCUGCUGCAGCUCAAUAGUGACAAGGCCGGUAUGCUGCUGGACGGGAUGUUGGAGAAUUGGACUUCGACAGAGGUCGAGGGCCGCAGUCCGGCCGAGUUCGUGCCUGAUGCGGAAUUUCUGCUUUUUACCUUGAAGUUGAUUAUCGAUCAGUUGGACUGGUCGAGUCCUUUCUACUGGGCUCCGUUUACGCUGGUCGGAUAUGGAGGUUUCCGGUUUGUCCAUGAGGAUCCGUAGUGUUUCAAGGAGUAUAAGCGAGAUGUCGCGGGAAGGGGACUUGAACAAACGAGGGACC